AUGACUGUACAGUUAAGGGCCUCCUAUCUUUUCCCCCUUUUCUUAGCUGUGCGGGCAAAUUCUAAGCUGGAGAAGAUUUACCCACACUCCACCCAGGAACUGAGUGCACUUCAGGAGGAGCUGAAGCCCUUUGACCUAGUUGUGUUGGGCUUUCCCUGCAACCAAUUUGGAAAGCAAGAACCAGGAGAGAACUCAGAGACCCUUCGGUGACUGAAGUAUGUCCGUCCAGGAGGAGGAUAUGUACCUAAUUUCCAGCUUUUUGAGAAAGGGGAUGUGAAUGGCGAAAAAGAGCAGAAAGUCUUCACCUUCUUGAAGCAAUCCUGUCCUCACCCUUCUGAACUUAUGGGCUCAAUCAGACAUAUAUCCUGGGAACCCAUCAUGGCCCAUGACAUCCACUGGAAUUUUGAAAAGUUCCUGGUGGGACCUGAUGGAGUCCCUGUCAUGCGCUGUUUCCAUCAGGUUCCAAUCAGUACAGUCAAGUCAGAUAUUCUGGCAUACCUGAGACAGCUCAAAACCAAAUAG